AUGGACUCCAUGCUGCUCAACAUACCUCUGACAUUCAUAGGCAUCUUAUUGAUUACUUUUCUCAUAAUCUACUUCCUGUGGCCUGAAGCACUGAUUAGGUUUGGGCUGUGGUAUUUUCAACAGAUAAAUGGCUUGCAACUGAGAUACGCUGAGCAUAAUGGCUACAGGUUCUGUUACUACUCCCGAGGGAAGCCUGGCCUUCAGCCCUCCAUCCUGAUGCUUCAUGGGUUUUUAUUCAACAAAUACUCUUGGUUUUUCAUGCUCUACUUCCUUCCUAAGGAUAUCCAUGUGAUCUGUGUUGACAUGCCUGGUCAUGGAGGAACCACUUGUUUGCCAGGAGAUAGCUACGCUACAUAUGAUCAGGUGAACAGGAUACACCAGUUUGUCGAGUGCACUGGAAUGAACAGGCAGCCUUUCCACCUGGUUGGCAUCUCCAUGGGCGGAAUGGUUGCCGGGGUUUACGCUGCUCAUUAUCCAUCUGAGGUCUGCUGUCUGUCCCUCUGUUGUCCAAUUGGCUUGAGGUACCCAAAAGACACUGACAUCAUGAAGCGUGUGAAAGAGGAAAGAAAAAACCGUGACAACAUUUCUCUUGUUCCUUCAAAUACACAGGAGGGAACAGAGAUGUUCAACGUUUGUUCGUACCACACUCACAUGAUUCCAAAACAGAUCAAAAAGGGAAUUGUUGUUGAUUUGCUGCCAGACAACAAUUUUUUCAGAAAAUGCUUCUUAGACAUCUUCAAUGAUGAGUCUUUGUAUAGCCUGCAGGAGAACAUGAGCAAGAUCAGGGCACCAACACAGGUCAUCUGGGGAAAGGACGACAAAAUAGUGGAUGUAUCUGGGGCAGACGUUUUGGCCAAAGGUAUUCCUCAUACGCAGGUGCAUCUGCUGGAGAAAUGUGGACACUUCCAACCAACUGAUUCCCCCAGGGAAUGCACUCAGUUCCUCUUGGACUUCCACACUUUUCAUACGAAUAAUGAAAAACUGGCAAAAAUCAAGAACGAAAAAAAGCUAGGCUAUUUAAUGUGA